ACCAUUUAACCCUUUGCAUUUUGUAUUUGGGAUUCUGAUUUGAUUCAGAGAGAGAGAGAGAGAUGUCGGGCAUGGGAGACGGGUACGUGGGCACCGCCCAAGACGCGGUUCGGAUCCGACGGCUGGAGAAGCAGAGAGAAGCUGAGCGGCGCAAAAUCCAAGAGCUCAAAACGAAAUCCGCCUCCGCCAAGGGCCAACCCGGUCUCCUUCAAUUCGGUUCUAGCACUUCCGAGAUUCUAGAGACUGCGUUUAAGAAGGAAACUGUUGGUCUCGUCACCAGAGAGCAGUAUGUAGAGAAGAGGGUUAAUAUUCAGAGCAAAAUUGAGGAGGAAGAGAAAGAGAAGCUUCAGAAGCAACAGCAAGAGGAGGAGGAGCUUCAAUUAGAAAAGCGUAAAAAGAGGAAGAUAAAGGGCAUUUCUCGAUUGUCAUUUGUUGAGGAUAUUGACAAUGACGGUGAAGAGGAGGAGGAGGAACCACAAAAUGAGAAUCUGGAAACAAAUAGAUUACUACGUGGUAAACUUGGCAAAGACCCUACUGUUGAAACUAGCUUUCUACCUGACAGUGAGCGAGAGGCUGAGGAGCAAGCUGAGCGUGAAAGGCUGCGGAGACAGUGGCUGCGUGAGCAGGAACAAAUUCAAAAUGAACCUCUUCAAAUCACAUACAGCUACUGGGAUGGAACUGGCCACAGGCGUGUGAUCCAGGUACGCAAGGGCGACACCAUAGGAGAGUUUCUUCGAGCAGUCCAGCAGCAACUUGCUCCAGAAUUUCGAGAGAUUCGAACAACCUCAGUGGAAAAUUUGCUAUAUGUGAAAGAAGACCUUAUCAUUCCUCAUCAACACAGUUUCUAUGAGCUAAUCGUGAACAAAGCUAGAGGCAAAAGUGGACCACUUUUUCAUUUUGAUGUGCAUGAGGAUGUACGAACAAUUGCUGAUGCCACUAUUGAGAAGGAUGAGUCUCAUGCUGGGAAGGUUGUAGAAAGGCACUGGUAUGAAAAGAACAAGCAUAUAUUUCCUGCAUCAAGAUGGGAGAUAUAUGAUCCAACGAGGAAAUGGGAACGUUAUACCAUCCAUGGGGAUUGAUUUGAGCUGCCAAAUAAUUUUCAUUUGCAUUUGCUACCACUGACCUUUUUAUCAUCAGCUGAGCUGAUUAUGCCUCAAUUCACAUCUUGGUUGUGUUGGUUUAUUAUAAAUAGUAAUUCCAGUGGGGAAUGAGUGCUUUUUGUUUCUAUAAUUCAUUGUAGACGAUUUAGAGUUAGUAAUUUACAGUAGACUUUUGCCGGCUUGGUGUUGUGAUGUUUUAAAGCCGUAUAAUACUUUCAAGUGAACGAAUUGUAUGUUAAUAUAAUUUAGUCCAUGUUUUCUU